GGUCGGUGGUGAUUCUUGAGCACAGCAUAUCACCGGAAAGACCCCUGAAAUAGAUUCUUGCUCGUCAGAUCUACUUGUGGAUGCAGUUUUGUGGGGAUUCUCUUGUUGUAUUGACUCUCCUGGGGGCAUUGAAGAUGGUCCUUAGAAGUUCAGGGUUACCCUCAGAGUGAGAGAUGAUGAUUAUGAUGAUGAAGCUGAGAGUAUAGAAAGAUGAUGGUUUUCUUGAAGGUUCUUGUGGGGCUGGAGGGUAAUUUCGGUUACUGCCUCUAUAGAGAUUUCGAUGUGAGAGAUGUCUCUGGUGGUCUCUGUUUCCAUUAGAGUGGAGAAGAUUCCUGCUUUAGCUAGUUCUGGUUCUGUUUGUGAUAAUCAAAUCCUAGUAGCUACCUGUAUGGAUAUAACCAGAUUGAACAUGCCGGAAGAUUCCACCGGUCUAUUGGCCGGUUCUGUUGCUGAUAGCGAGGAGGAGGUUUCGACUUCUAUUUGUUGUAAUUUGGAGAAUGAGAUUGGUAUUGAAGUAGAGUUGGCCCCUGUUCGGGGUCCAUUUGUGGGUAGGAAAACCGAAUGGGUUCUUUGCGAGGAAGAGGAUUCGUUAUCAUUGGAGGGCGAUCAGUUCCUUGAUAGCUCUGUGGCUAGUGAGACUAGUAGUUUAUGUGGCGAGGAUUUUCUGGGCAUUGAAGCUGCUAACUCAUUAGAGGUUGAGAGGAGACUGUACAGCAGCAUAGAAAUUCUUGCUGGAGCAGCAUCGGAAUUAGGGUGCGAGUCAACUACAAUGCAAGUGGUUGUAAAUGGGCCUGUCUCGAUAGCAACGGGGCUUGAGGAUGGGCUGAGCCCGAGUUUGAAUUCGAAUUCAUCAGCUGUUGUUCUUCCAUCGCCAUUGAGCACACAGCUGAGUACUGUGGUUGGGCGAAGUGUCUUUGAGGUGGAAUGUGUACCUCUUUGGGGUUUUACUUCCAUGUGUGGAAGGAGACCCGAGAUGGAAGAUGCUCUAGCAACUUUGCCCAAAUUUACCAGAAUUCCGAUAGAAAUGCUGAUUGGGGAUCGGGUUCUCUGUAACAUGACUGAUAGUAUAAGCCAGCAGACUGCUCAUUUUUUCGGGGUCUAUGAUGGGCAUGGAGGCUCACAGGUAGCAAAUUAUUGUCGGGAUCAUGUCCACCUAGCCCUAGCCGAGGAAAUAGAAACUGUCAGGAAUAGCAUAACAACUGAUGGAAAUGUCAUUGGCAACUGUGAAGAUCAAUGGACUAAGGCAUUCACUAACUGUUUUGCUCGGGUAGAUUCUGAAGUUGGCGGAAAUGGGAACCCCGAUUCUGAACCUAUUGCCCCUGAAACUGUGGGGUCCACCGCUGUUGUUGCGGUGGUUUGUUCAUCACAUAUAAUAGUUGCAAACUGCGGGGAUUCGAGAGCAGUUCUAUGCCGUGGAAAAGAAGCCAUUGCACUCUCUGUUGAUCAUAAGCCAAACCGUGAAGAUGAGUACGCUAGGAUUGAAGCUGCUGGAGGAAAGGUCAUUCAGUGGAAUGGGCAUCGGGUUUUUGGUGUUUUGGCUAUGUCAAGGUCCAUUGGGGACAAAUACUUGAAACCAUGGAUCAUUCCAGAGCCCGAAAUCAUGUUCAUUCCCCGGGCAAAAGAAGACGAGUGCCUCGUCCUCGCCAGCGAUGGCUUAUGGGAUGUGAUGUCUAACGAGGAGGCCUGUGACCUCGCCCGGAGGAGAAUUCUCACGUGGCACAAGAAAAAUGGCACCAGCCUCGUCUCUGAACUGUCCGAUCGAGUGCCCGGGCCCACUGAUCCAGCGGCUCAGGCUGCGGCAGAGUACCUCUCAAACCGAGCCCUUCAGAAGGGGAGCCGGGACAAUAUUACAGUCAUUGUGGUGGAUCUGAAGGCUCAGAGAAAGGUUAGGAGCAGGACAUGACUUAAUAGUUGUCUUUGAUUGUACACUAGUUCAUAAAGGACAUGGAAGCUCCCAUAGCUGUUGUGGCAUAUCACAUAAAAAAAAAAAAAAUUGUGGUGGCACACCAAAAUUAGAGCUCAUGUGUUUUAUUAUUAUUUUUUAAAUCUGGGCUUUGUGCGUUAUGAUCCCAUUCUUCAAUUGGGUAUCUGAAUUUUAUUAAGUUUCAGUUUUAGUUUUUUUUUUUUUUUGCUUUGAUUGAAGCCCUUUCCAGGUCAAUUGUGCAAAUAGUGGAAUAAUGAGAAGCAACUAUUUGUAAGUUCAGAAUCUGCUCUUCCAUGGAUUUUGAGCAACUUUGUAUUUUAUUUUGAUCCAAGUCAUGUUAUCAUUUAUU